AUGAGUACUACUUUGGAUUCCUCUACUUCCCCCGUCGACUCUCGCCAUGCCAAUGACGAGAGGAUCCAGAGCCCCCCCGCUUUCCUGGACCUCGCCGAUUCGGCCGCGCGACUCGGCGGUAAUAUCCAAGAUGUGGCUGCUGUCCGCGCUCUCAAACGCAUGGAGCACGAGCGCCAGCGCGUGAUCCAGCGUCGCAUCUUCGAGGACCAGAUGCGCCAGCUCGAGCAGCAGCAAGCCCGAGAGCUGCUUACUAUCCCUCUCGAGACCUCCCAGCAUCUUGCCGUCUCGGCCCCCACCACCCCGCCACGCGUCAAUGCGGUGCUCAGCGAUGACCACUCCCCCACCUACCCUUCGGGCCUCCAUCACGUCGUCGACGCGGACAUGCUCUCUCAGGCGGUAGGCAAGGCGGACAAGCGCAAGUCCGUUACCUACGCCCCCUCCGUCAAUCAUUCCCCCGAGAUGCCCUCGAGCAACCCCUCCUUCGCCCGCCCCGGCGGUGCGAAGAGCAUGCCUGCCAGCCGCCGCACUUCUGCCAGCGAGCACGACGAGGAACUUGCUGGUCACCUCCAGGGCCUGUCCCUCGCCGGUGAGCGCGCUGAGCGGAUCUCCACGCCCUCGGGCGGCAUUCCCCAGUCGAUCCUGCGCACCAACAUCGGGCGGUUCGGCAACGACUACGCGGGUGGAUACAAUGCGGGCGUCAUGCUGGAUGAACAGCUGGACCAGGAGAUGCACAACGCCAUCCGCCACCUGCCCACGUCUGACGAGGACAAGUUCUCGAGCAACGGGUUCGUCGGCAAGUUGCGCCUUGGCCGUCCGGACCGCCGCAACGUGACCAACCCUGGUAUGGGCCUGUCCGGUGGCCUCGGUGAACUCAUCAUCAAUGGCACCGGCCUCUCGCAAGGCCUCUCGUCCCGUCGUGGUUCUCCGCUCAGCCUUGGUGACACGCUCUCGUCCAUUACGUCCGCCCGGUCCGUCCCUGCGACUCCGCUGCCCGGCAUGCCCAACUCGGCGGGCCAGCUCGCGAAAGCGCCGGGUACUCCGCUCUCUGGGGACCCGCACAACAUCAACGGCAUUCUCAGCGCCCAGAUCUCGCGCCAGCUGAGCGAGGACAGCGAGCUCAACCCCUCCCUCUCGCGGAUGUCGUCCGGUCACAUGGACAACAGCCCGUUGAGCUUCAACUCAAUCCAGGGGGGCCUCGACGAGUAUGGCGGCGAGGGCGUGUACGGCCUUAGCGGCGGAAUGGAGGGCGGCUACAACUCGUACGGGUUCGAAGCCGGCGGCCGCGGUGCUGCGGUAGGCGCCACCGGUUCCACGGCGCUGUACCACCACAACGGUGCCAAGUAUGGCUUCAACAUGAAUGGACGUCCCAACGGAGCCGACAGCAAGAUGAACGGUCUGCACGGGCCCAAGCACAAGCGGGGCGACGUUGAUCGCGAGUUCAACCGCUUUGCGGGCACCCGCCUCGAGGACCUCCAGGGCGAGAUUCCGCAGCUCUGCAAAGACCAGCACGGUUGUCGCUACCUGCAGAAGAAGCUCGAGGAAGGCGUUCCGGAACAUCGCGACAUGAUCUUCCGCGAGACCUUUAACCACUUCGCGGACCUUAUGACGGACCCCUUCGGCAACUACCUCUGCCAGAAGCUCCUCGAGUUCUCCACGGAUGAGCAGCGUAACGUCAUCUGCGAGUCCGUCGCCCAAGACCUCGUCAACAUCUCGCUGAACAUGCACGGCACGCGUGCGGUGCAGAAGAUGAUCGACUUCUUGUCGACGCGUAGACAGCCUGCAUGUGUCGUGCUCAUCAAGGAUCUCAACGGGAACCACGACAACCAGGUGUUUCAUCUACAAUGCGUCGCUGCGAACUGCGUCGAGGUGGCUACGCACCGUCACGGAUGCUGCGUCCUUCAGCGCUGCAUUGACAUGCACCCAUAUGGCAACUAUGUCGUCCAAUACAUUUUGGACCUUAACGACAACCGCUUCAGUGAUGCGGUCAUCCGCCAAUUUACCGGGAAUGUUUGCGCGCUCUCCGUGCAGAAGUUCAGCUCCAACGUAAUCGAGAAGUGCAUCCGCGUCGCCGAGCACAGUACGCGUAAGAUCCUCAUCGGCGAGCUACUCAACCGUACGCGGCUUGAGAAGCUUCUCAGGGAUUCGUAUGGCAACUACUGUGUCCAGACUGCGCUUGACUACGCCGAGCCUGGCCAACGCACGCUGCUGGUGGAGGGCAUCCGCCCGGUUCUUCCCCUCAUCAGGAACACUCCCUACGGCAAGCGCAUCCAGAACAAGUUGCAGCGCGAGCACAGCGACGCGUUCGGCAGCGGUGGAGGCUACCAUCACAAUCCGCAGGCGCUUGUCAACAUGGCUCUCGGCAAUCAGAGCAUGGGAGGCAUGAACCACGGACCCGCCUCGGGCCGUCACCUGUCCCACCUCCAGGCUGGUGCCCUUGCGGACGCUUACACGGCGCAAAACGGCUUGUACGGUCUCCAAGGCGGUCCAGGCCUGCACGCCGCGCCCCUCCACGGCGGGCUGCAGUCGCACGGGAUCGACAGUUACGUGAUGCAAGGCUCGAACCAGCACAGUCCCGGCUUGACGCCGCCCCAUACCCACUCCGCUGGUGCUGGCGGCUUUUCCGGCAUGUCCUCCAUGUGA